ACAUAAAAACUAGAGCCGUUUACCUACAUAAUUUAUAUGAUCAGCUUGAUAACACUUAGUCUUACCAAUGGCGGCCGUCGUUACAUCUCGCGCUGAGCUUCAGCUCGUAGUCGACACACCCACUGCCAACAGCGGCGGCGUUGCGACCGAUAGUAUUCAAUGUAGCAGCCGCCUGAUCUCGGCCAUCUUAACCAAAUUCCAUGCUGGUUAUUUUAGGGUAAGCUUAUCUUUAGGUGGCCAAGCUUUAUUAUGGAAGACACUAAGAGGCCCAACGGACGACAGUCACACUUUGAGACAAACCCUUCAUUUGUUCCACCCUACAGCUUUCACGGUUCUCUGGUGUUUCUCAUUCUUUGCCCUUGUUUUGCUCUCGAUUCUGUACCUUUUGAGAUGCUUGUUUCACUUCAAGAUGGUGAAAGAAGAGUUCUUUCAUCAUGUAGGAGUUAACUACCUAUUCGCUCCAUCGAUUUCUUGGCUUCUUUUGCUUCAAUCGGCACCUUUUUUCAGUCCCGAAAACCACUACUCUUACGUGGUUCUAUGGUGGGUUGUUUCCGUUCUUCCUAUCGUGGUGCUCGACGUGAAAAUCUACGGUCAAUGGUUCACUAAAGGGAAGAAGUUUCUGUCCGCCGUUGCGAAUCCGACGAGCCUGUUAUCAGUUAUAGGGAACCUGGUGGGUGCUCAGGCUGCGGCCAAUAUGGGGUGGAAAGAGAGUGCCAUUGGGUUCUUUUCACUAGGGAUGGUGCAUUAUUUGGUUCUAUUCGUCACGCUCUACCAACGUCUAUCGGGAACCGAUCGGCUUCCGUCGAUGUUGAGGCCGGUUUUCUUCUUGUUCUUCGCCGCGCCGAGCAUGGCUAGCUUGGCUUGGCAAUCCAUAGCCGGCUCUUUCGAUACCGCAUCCAAAUUGCUCUUCUUUCUCUCCCUCUUCCUCUUCAUGUCACUGGUAUGCAGACCGACAAUGUUCAAGAGAUCUAUGAGAAGGUUCAGCGUGGCGUGGUGGGCUUACUCGUUUCCCUUAUCGGUGCUGGCUUUGGCAUCGAUGGAAUACGCAGAAGAAGUCAAAGGCGACAUCCCACAGAUUAUAAUGCUUCUUCUUUUAGCAUUUUCUGUAUUGGUCUCCAUUUGUUUGGUCGUUUUCACACUGCUCAACUCCAAAAUACAGAUCUUUCCUGUCUGUUUUGAUCCCAUCUCAAGUCUCGUUUCUCGUGCUAAGUGUUUCACGGCGCAGCAAAACCAACAACCACCGCAGACUGUUUAAUUUGGAUGAUAAAUGUGCGAAUUGGAAAACAUGGAGAAAAAAGGGUCGAUGAAACUGAACUUUUAUGUUUAGUAAAGACUAGGAUUUCGGAUUAAUGUACAUGUCGUGUUGCUGACAAGUUGUCAGAGUAAAAAUCAAAGUUGUCUGCUUGGAGUACAGUCUGGUUGUUUUUUCUACUUUCACUUUUGAUCGAUGUUGC